CGGCCGACGAGCCGACCGCCUCAGCUCUGCGGCUCUGCCUGCUCACCUCGUUCUCCCGGCGCGGCCCGGCGGGGACGGCAACCACCGCACGGCGAAUAAAAAAACAGAACCAGCGGCGCCACGUCCCUGUCCUCCUCCUCUCUCUCUCCACAUUUCCUCUCCCGAUAAGAGUGAGGCCUCGGCUCAGCUUGAGCUUCCCCUCCCUCCCCUCCUGCGCUCCAGCUCCCCUCCAUCCUCGGCCAAAAAUUCUGCGGCGAGCUCCGAUCCGGUGCGACUACUAACCCACGCCGCAGAAGCCGCGCGUCCUGAUCGCGCGGGGGUCGAGGAGAGGGGAAGCGCGGCGCCGCGGUUGCCUGCCACCGCACCGCCGCAGGAGAAGGAAGAGGAGCCCGUAUCCCUCCGCCCCGCUGCCCGCCGGACCGAUGGACUCCGAGCACUGGAUCUCGCGCCUGGCCGCCGCGAAGCGCUUCUACGCGGCGCAGCUCGGCCACAGCGAUCGGGCCGGGAUGGAUGAGCUGGAGAUGGACGAGGAGGUCAGGCCCGAGUUCCCCUGCCCCUACUGCUACGAGGACCACGACGUCGGAUCCCUCUGCGCGCACCUGGAGGAGGAGCACCCGUUCGAACCCCAAGCCGCGGCCUGCCCUGUCUGCUCAGAGAUGGUUACGAAGGAUAUGGUUAACCAUAUUACUACGCAACAUGGAUAUUUAUUCAAGAAUCGCCGCCGGCUGCGCAGAUUCAUCAUUCCAGGCAGCCAGGCCCUCUCUUUGCUGAGCCGAGAUCUACGGGAAGCCCACUUGCAGGUGCUCCUCGGAGGAGGCGGACAGAGAUCCAGCGACAACAGCAGCAGCAGCAGCGCCACGAACAUUUCGGCUGAUCCUCUUCUGUCGUCGUUCGGCCUUGGCUUCCCUACCUCAGACGCGGAGCAAGCAUCCAAGUCGACUGUUUCCAUUCCUGAUGAUGCAACGACGGUGAAAGAAGCGCCCGCUCAGGCACGGAAGCUAAGUAUCGAUUCGUCGCUCACAAGUGAAGAAAGGGAGCUGAAGCGGAAGCAAGCCCGCGUCAGAGCCACGUUCGUGCAGGACCUGCUGCUCUCUACUCUAUUCGGCGACUGAUGACGAACCAGAGCGAGCCUGGUAUUAUCACUGGAAGGUGCAGAGUUGAUGUGGGCGUGAUGUAUCUUUCUAAGUUAUUGUAAGCCGGUCUCUGUCUUCACAACUGACGAUCUGUGUGUGGUACGCACCACGCACGCAAGUCGCGGUUGUGCGUGUACGUCUGAACUCUGGAGCAUUGGUUUGUUGUACCAACAUAAUGAGUCACAACGGCGGAUGGCUGGCUAUACGUA